UUCCUUUUUCAUUCUGAGAACAAGAGCAAGAAAGAAAGAAAGAGAUGGGAGUUGCAGGAACAACACUCUGACAAGGGUUUCUUCAUAUAUCCAUCCAUAUAUCCACACACACACACACGCACAUAUAUAUAUAUAUAUAUAUAUAACACAAGCAAUCUCUUUGAGAGAGAGAGAGAGAGAAAGAAAAGAAGAAGAUCAUCUUCAUUGUUAUCACAUCUCUCAAGGUAUAAACAAUGGCGACCUUCUUUCAUGGUGCGCCGGAGAUGCAAUCGGAGAGUCUUCAGACACUGUAUCUAAUGAACCCAGGCUAUGUCGGCUAUGCUGACACGGCGGCGCCGGCGAACAUGGUGCUUCUCAACCCUUCCUUGAACUCCAUCAAUCCAAUGAGCAACCAACCUCAUCAACACUUAGUUGGCAUCCCACUCCAACACAACACCACCACAACGACGCCACCACCGGCGGCCAUCCCUUCACCGGAUUCCAACCCUCGUCUUCACUACAACCUCUGGACACCUGCACCAACCAAUAACUCCAUCGACAUCUCCUUCGGUGCUCGUCGGAACUCUACCAUGCCUUUAGCUCAACAAGGUCUUUCUCUAAGUUUAUCUCCUCAGCAAACGGUUUAUCGUUAUGUGCCGGAGCCUGACGUGCCUUCACCGUUGCCGGAGAUCACCGAAGAAGUUAGAGUCUCCGGUGGUGGUACUGCUGCCACCACAUCGGCUUCGGUGACUUCAAACUGCAUGCCAAGCUUGCAGAACGUCUUAAUGGGUUCUAAAUUCUUAAAGGUGGCACAACAAUUGUUAGAUGAAGUUGUUAGUGUGGGCAAAGGGUUUGUUAAGAAUGACAUCGGCAUGGUCAAGGCCGGAGGUUCAAAAAACUCGAUGAAAGCUCAUCGAGAAUCUGAAGACAAUUGUGAAGGUGAAGCAAGUAUGAAAAGAGGGUGUGAUCUUAGCACUGCUGAAAGACAAGAACUUCAGAUGAAGAAAGCCAAGCUUGUGAACAUGUUAGAUGAAGUGGAGCAGAGAUACAGACAAUAUCAUCACCAAGUGCAAGUAGUGGUUUCGAGUUUUGAAGCAGUGGCCGGACCUGGUUCUGCGAGGACUUACACGGCGCUGGCUUUGCAGACGAUAUCGAAGCAAUUCCGGUGCCUGAGAGAUGCCAUCUCCGGUCAAAUUAAAGCAACAAGCAAGAAUUUGGGUGAAGAUGAAUGUUUAGUAGGGUCUAAGAGUGAAGGUGGAUCAAGACUAAGGUUUGUUGAUCAUCAUCUUAGACAACAGCGUGCACUGCAGCAGCUCGGAAUGAUACAACACAAUGCUUGGAGACCGCAGCGAGGAUUGCCGGAACGCUCUGUUUCGGUUCUCCGGGCUUGGCUUUUCGAACACUUCCUUCAUCCGUAUCCGAAGGAUUCAGAUAAGAUUAUGCUUGCGAAACAAACAGGAUUGACAAGAAGCCAAGUAUCUAACUGGUUCAUCAAUGCAAGAGUGAGGCUUUGGAAGCCAAUGGUGGAGGAGAUGUAUUUAGAGGAAACAAAGGAACAAGAACAUAACAAUGGAGAAGAUCAGAAGACAAGCAAGAGUGAAGGCAAUGAAAAUUCAGCAACUAAUCAAGAGAGCAACAUCAAUAGUCCUACAAGGACAGACCAAACAGAGAGUAUCAAAUCCAAUGGCCCAUCAAUCUCAGCAAGUGUUGCAAACCAAGCUGUUUACAAUGACAGUGAGGCCAUGAUGCAUCAACCCAAGCUCAAAAAAGCAAGAAUUAAUCAUGAAUUAGCCAUCUCCGGUGAUCACAAUCAAAACGGAUACUCUUUAAUCGCCGCCGCUGCUGGAACGGUGAAUCAUAUAAGCGGUUUCGAUGCAUAUCAAGUAGGAGAUUACACGCCGAGGUUUUCCGGCAAUGGAGUUGCUCUCACUCUUGGCUUACCACACUGUGAUAGCAUCUCUUUAUCUGGAGGAGGAGCACAACAAGCUUAUCAUCUUUCAACUGAGAGUAUUAAUCCAAGCAGUGAAUUCUGCAGUCUCAAUAACAACAACAGUAAUCAAACAGUAGUGCAUGCUUCAAAUGCUUAUGAGAACAUGAACAUGCAGAACAGAAAGAGGUUCGCUGCUCAAUUGUUGCCAGACUUUGUUGCUUGAAUUAAAGAAAGUUUCAGCACCAGCUAUAGGUAAAGUUUUAUAUACUAAGUAAGUGUGUAUUUAGGGUGUUUGUAUAGUAGUAAAACUAGUGUCAUUGAGAGUGUAUAGAAGAUAGUUUCUGAUUAAAGGUUUUAUACAUGAUAGAUACAUAGAUAGAUAGAUUGGGAUACCAUUGGUGUUUGGGAUUGGUGUAGUUUAGGAUUUGGGGAUUGUAUAUUAUUUCACUUCUUUAAUAACAUGAGAAAAAUAAAAAAAAAUGA